AUGGAAAGUUCUCAGACGGAUGAAGGGCAUGAACUGGCUCCAAAUUAUACUGUGAAUACGAACGCGAAAGCCACUAAUACCGCCAAAACGACUACUACUCUAUGUGUUCGGUGCGCCGAAAUCGACUGGAAAGAUAUCAUCCGUCAGGCGUGCGCGCCAUCAACGCGACGAAUCUGCGAACUGCCACCCGAAGACGACAUUUCUGAACUAUCAGAGAAUGAUGAGCAACAAGAAAGAUAUUUCCUCAAGAUCGAGGUGCCGACGCUGACAAGGGACUGUCCAGUAUGCAUCCUACUUUCUGCCCUUGUCAGAGAAGAGGAACGUGUUGGUAACAAAGUUGAACAAAUUAUGUUUGGGAGAGAGGAUGAAGAGGGAUUCUAUGGUGAUGCAGAUAAUCUACAGCCAACGAUGUAUGGCACCGAGAACUACCAAGAUCCAAAAUUAUCGAGCGCCAACCAGUCAUGGCCCACCGAUUGUGUUCUAGGACUCGCGAUACAGGAAUAUUCGAGCGAUUCCAAUGACACUGCAAGAACUCUCAGGAAAAUAGAUCCGGCGAAAAUCAAUCUCACACUUCUUAGGAAUUGGAUAUCGACAUGUCAUGACCAACACGGAACAGAUUGCAACCCUGUCGAAUCCGAACUCGUACCGUCUCUCCGUGUUAUUGAUGUACGUACAGGAACCAUCGAGGAGGCCAAGCCAGGAUGCAAAUAUGUCGCCCUUAGUUACGUCUGGGGUAGUUCGCAGCCACCCGCAAAUAGCUCCCAGAGCAGUCAAGGUAGAGGCCUGCUAGAAACAGCCCCAGAGACUAUCAAGGAUGCAGCAUGGCUUACCGAAGAGCUGGGGUAUCAAUAUAUAUGGAUUGAUAGGUAUUGCAUUCCGCAGGAUGAUCCUCAGGCCAAACAUGAUCAGAUCCAAAAAAUGGAUUUAGUAUAUCAACAAGCGGAAUUGACUAUUGUUGCCGCUGCAGGUGAAGGACCAGAGUUUGGGCUUCCAGGGGUUGGCAAUAGAAGACGUGACGCACAGCUCUCAGCGAAGGUGAGUAGCGAUACAUACUUGGUAUCAGUUGAGCAAAAGUGCGAAUCAUUUUUCCAGUCGAAGUGGAUAACCAGGGGCUGGACCUAUCAAGAAUCCAUUUGUUCGCGAAGGUGCAUCGUGUUCACCAAAAAGGAGAUGUUCUUCCAAUGCAAGGGCAUGACUUGUCGGGAGACAGUCCGUGAACCAAGUAAUAAGGACUUCUUCAUCGCUAGCCUGAAUGAAGGUCCAAUCAGCCUAUUCGGACAGAAGCUGAGCGCGUGGGACCAUAUUGAAUCGUACUGUCGUCGGGAAUUGUCCUUCAACAGUGACGCGCUUAACGGAAUUCUCGGGAUACUACGACUGCACCAGCAGAGCCAAAACCCAGUAUACCACUUUUGGGGAAUGCCUUUCUCCGCCGACAAAAACAAUUUGGUCGAACAGGCUUUCCUUGCGAGCCUUUGCUGGGAAUCUACAAUUGAAUCGGAAGAUACGAUGGAGAUUAAAGAACCUCGCCGUGAAGAUUUCCCAAGUUGGUCUUGGACCGGAUGGAAAACCCCGAUCAGACGGUUUUUUAACGAAUACAGCAGGCCUCCGAAAUUGGCUGGCACUGUUUCAGUGCAUCUCCAAGAUGGGCCAAUCUUAGGGUUUCAGGAUGCUUUUGAUCAGAAUAUCAAGAAGAGUGAUUUUAGCAAGCUUUCAAAGUUCCUAGACGUCGAGUGUUGGACAUUUGAACUCGAAUCGAAUAUCCGAGAACCAGGCCCUAAUGAUGACGGAUCAUCGUUGGCAUGGGUUUGGCCAACCGGCACAUCCCAACUAGAUGAGAACUCUAGGGCAGCAAUUUCACUAGCUCUUGAUGGGGAUAUCUCAGAAAAGAUUAUAUCCGCUAAUCCAGAUGGGCACUUUUUGGCUCUUAUUUUCGAGAAAAGGAAGAAAUUCUCACAACCUACACACCAUCUAGAAUCAGGAGGGCGGUCAAGCGAAGGCCUUGCGAAUUUUGUGAUAGUCGCUAUGAAGAAUGGAGACCACUAUGAACGAGUCGGGUUUAUUAAACUCGAUGAUAGUGAGCUAUGUCGAAUGUCCACCUCGACCUUCAAGCGCAUCACACGAAAUGGCAUUUCGAUCCAUUCGGAUAGUGAUGGUUCGAUAUAUUCCCUUGAAGGUGACGACGACAACGACGACGACAAUGACGAUAAUGAUGAUGAUGGUGAUGAUGGUGAUGAUGACGACGACGAUUAUGAUGACAAUGAUGAUGGCGGUGAUGGUGGUGGCCGUGGUUUGGGUGGCGGGUAUGAGAGUUUCUAUAUAAAGGAUUGGCUUCCAAAACAGUUUACAUGGCAACGAGUUAAACUAGGCUGAUAUGCGGUCUGCUUACCUAGUAUUUACCAAGGGAGAAGCAUGUGGAUGGG